AUGAUGCCGACCAGACGACCGCGCCGGUGGGCGGAGCUCGCGAAGCGUCUGUUCAGGACGUACCGCACCACGAACACCGGCCUCAUCUUCCUGGCCGUCGUUCUCGUGUACAUGUACCUGGACUACCGCCACUCCACGUGCCCGUACCACUCCGGACAGCCCCCGAAGGCGCUGCGCCUCGACGACGUCGUCCUGCACCCCGCGACGCUGCCGUCGAGCUCCGGGCAGUGCAAGCGCGCCGUGCGCGGCGCGUUUGACGCGGCCCAGGAGACGUACCCGGACCUGGACCAGGCGAGCGCGCGGCAGGCGAUGAAGGGCGUGGUGAUGGCGCUCUACGGCGCGGGCAAGGACGCCGUGUCAGACGCUAUUCGCACGCACGCCCAGUGGGAGGAGGGGAACAUUGCGGUGCUGCAGCGGAUGCUGCGGAACGUGGAGGCGCUGGAGGGGGUGCGGCCGACGUUCGUGGACAUCGGCGCGAACCUCGGGUGGUUCACGUUCCGCCACCUGAGUCAGGGGUACCGCGUGGUGUCCUUCGAGCCCAUGAAGAGCAACCUCGCCGCGCUGCUCACCACGCACUGCCUCACGGGGCCGCGACACCUCCACCGCAACAUGCACACCGUCAUCGCCGUCGGGCUGUCGGACUCCAAGCAAGACUGUCGGCUGGUGUCGGAGGAGCACAAUGUCGGCGACGGGAUCCUGGAGUGCGGCGCCGGGGACAAGCCGGUGGCCGAGGGCUACCACGUGGCGUCGCACAUGCCCCUCGACACGAUCGACAACCUCAUCAUCGAGGGCCUCUUCGACCCGGGCCCCGUCAGCGUUGUCAAGAUCGACAUCGAGGGCCACGAGUACUUCGCCUUUAGCGGCGCUGCCGCGUGGCUGAAAUCCAGCCGGCGGCCCAAGUUCGUGCUGACGGAGAUGUGGCAGGUGCGCGGCACCGCGACGCAGUACGUGCGGCUGAUGGCCGACGCGGGGUACGAGGUGCACGUCCGCGAGAGCGCCAAGUCCGAGAGCUUCGUGCGGAUGGCCGUACCGGCGGCGGUGGACUGGGCGCGAGAGUGGGAGGGCGGGAAGCGGCCGGAGCAGGGAAUCAUCACGGACGUGAUCUUCGCGCAGCCGGGGAUCUUGUAG